AGAAAAUGAGCUCGCUCACCGACAAAACCCGAAAUGGAGCCCUGAAGCGGAAUCUGCUCCGCCAAAUGCUCAAAGCGAGCGUCUUCAAAUUCGGCGAGUUUCAGCUCAAGUCUGGGCAGAUUUCACCGAUUUAUAUCGAUCUUCGCGAAUGCUUUGGGCAUCCGGGGCUUUUGAUGCUUAUCUCAGAAGCGAUAUCGAAGCAGGUGGAGAUUAGCGAGGUUCAGUACGCUGGAGUUCUUGGAAUCCCAUACGCGGCUCUUCCCUACGCAUCAGUCGCCGCUGGAAACUAUCUGAAGAAGCCGCUGCUCAUCGUUCGCAAAGAGGCCAAGUCCUACGGCACGAAGAAGCUCAUCGAGGGAUUGUACCAGCCAAACGAUCGUCUGAUCCUCAUCGAAGACGUCGUGACGACAGGUGGAAGCAUCCUGGACGUGGUAAAAGUGCUUCACACAGAGAAUUUGGUCGCCUCGGAUGUAUUUUGCAUUCUGGAUCGAGAACAAGGCGGGCGUCAGAAGCUCCAGGACGCGGGUGUCACGCUGCACAGCCUGCUCGACAUGCAAACAGUUCUCACAUUCUUGUACUCAACUGGAGCGAUCGGUGACGAGCAGUGGCACGGAAUUGUUCAGGCUCUCAACCUUCCGUACACCUCCCCAACAAAGCUGGAAAUCAACAGCGAGCUCGAAAACCUGUCCAGUCUACCGUACGUGGAAAACGUGCGAACUCCGCUUGCGGAACGCGAAUCCCUCACAGAAUCUGCACUCAUCAAGAAAAUUCUUGGAAUCAUGCGCCGGAAGAAGUCGAAUCUGUGUCUCGCUGUCGACUACACUACCGUCGAGCAGUGCCUUCAGAUGAUCGAGCUCGCUGGUCCAUUUGUGCUGGCGAUCAAGCUUCACGCCGACGCUAUCACCGAUUUCAACGAGGAAUUCACGAGGAAGCUGACGACGAUGGCAAAUGAUAUGGACUUUAUCAUUUUCGAGGAUCGGAAGUUUGGCGACACUGGAAACACGAACCUUCUUCAGCUCACUGGAGCCCAGAAAAUCGCCAACUGGGCGGAUGUUGUGACUGUUCAUGCCGUACAAGGAAGUGACAGCAUUGCAGGAGUCUUCAGGAAGCUCGCCAAAGAUCCGACUUACAGGCUCAGUGGAGUUCUCCUCAUCGCGCAGCUCAGCACCAAAGGAUCUUUGACUGCGCUGGAAGGAUACACCGAGACCGCCGUCAAGAUUGCCAACGAGAAUCGUGACGUGAUUUCUGGAUUCAUCACUCAGACGAGAGUGUCUGCUUGCUCGGAUCUUCUCAAUUGGACGCCCGGUGUGAAUCUCGACGCGAAAUCCGACUCGGCCGGUCAGCAGUGGAGAGGUGUCGACGAGGCGAUCGAAGUACAGCAGAACGACAUCAUCAUCGUCGGAAGAGGCGUCACGUCGUCCAGUGAGCCCGUUCAGCAGCUCAAGAGAUAUCGACAAAUCGCCUGGGAUGCGCUCACGAGAAGCGACGAUAGCAUUUGAAAGUUGAAAAAUCCGGAGAGCCUAUUUGUAAAGAAGAAAUGUGAAUAUUUAUCUAAUUACGUAUUUAUUUAACUUUGUUGAUUUUGUUCAAGCUUCCCCAGAAUUGUUGAAAUAAGUAAAUUGAUUGCCUC